CGUUCGAAUGCAACGUGAGAAGCACUCAAAUCAGCCAUAGCAGUAACGACCCUGCGAGGACAUGGACUUCGAAGAACCUGUUGACCCUGUGAACCGCCCGUCUGUCUCAUCAGAAGAUACGACACAUUUCUCCACAGCUAGCAAUGAUGAAGAGAGGCAGCCCACUCCGCGAUUCCACAGCACCGAUUCCCUGCUCCUGCACCCAGGAGGGGAUCACCUCCAGCUCGACAAGAUUAUACAAAAGAAACUCAGUGUCACUCAAGCCUCGCCGGUCGACGAUCGAAUGAACCACAUGGAGCAAGCUAUACUUGUGCAACAAAAUCGCUCCGAAAGUUACCUCAGCGAUUCCGAAGUCACGGAGGACGACGCUCCUGAGGAGCCUCAAAAGCUUGUUAUUGGCAUUCGCAGGAAGAAGGAUGGAAGGAAAAAGUCUCCAACUGUCCUUAGCAUAGCGCUCGGAGACGAUGGAUCUCUGCAGUUAACGCAGGGUUCGGAAAGCACUGAAGCAAGCGUUGCAGAAAACGGCGUUCAACAGAAAGCAUCGAGUCCUGGGGACAAGAAAGUGAAGUUCGAAGAUGAUGGUGAUGAUACUAGCGACGAAUCUUCACGAUCAGAGGGGGCUUCUAAAAAAGGAAAGAAACGCAAUAAAAGUGGAAGCGAUAAAGAAAAACGCGGACGAGGUCGAGGCAAGAAGCGUGACCGGGAUAGCGAAGAGGACAGUGACAAGGAGGACGACAGCGACCGUCGUAGAGGCAGAGGUCGAGGUCGAGGACGAGGUCGAGGUCGAGGUCGAGGUCGUGGUGGUCGGGGUCGGGGUCGCGGCAAGAAUCGCGCCAGAGACCGAGACAGUGAUAAAGAUGAGGAAGAUAGCGACCGUGGUAGGGGUCGGGGUCGGGGUCGUGGCAAGAACCGCGCCAGAGACCAAGACAGUGAUAAAGAGGACGAGGAAGGUGGCGACCGUAAUAGAGGUCGUGGCCGUGGCAGGAGCCGCAACAGAGACAGUGACGAGGACGAUGAUAGUGGACGCACUAAAGGUCGAAGACGCGGGAAAAAAAGUGUCGGAGAAAGCGAUGAGGACACUGAGAGUGAACGAACCAGAAGUCGUGGUCGUGACAAAUCUGAUAGGCGAGGGCGGAGCAAGAACCGCAACACAGACAAGGACGAGGAGGAAGACGCCGUGACCAAGAAGAGGUCGCCAGGAAAUCAGGAGGAUGAUGAGGAUGAAGGAUCUCCACGGGAUAAGAAAGCCAAGAAAGUAUUGUCAGCGUCGGAAUUAUCGAGCAGCAGGUACAAGAUGUUCGAGCCCACCAGCGUCAUAACGAUUAAUAAGCGCGGCGAUAUUCUUUCACCGGAAGAACUCUCCGUGGAAAUUGCAGAGCGUGAGGACUCUUCCGAGAAGUUCAAAAAAAGGAUCUUCCUGGACGGCAAAGAGGUAUCUAUCCCAGAAAAGAAGAAGAAGAAGAAGAAAAAGAAGAAAGUAAUUAAGCCAAUCGUAAGAACGGCUUCAGUUCCCAUAGAGACCCCAUCCACAGAAUGGCAGAUGGGCAGAAUUGACUCUGGAUUUUCUUGGUGUGCAACUGCUCCGCCGCCACCGCCAAGAAGAACCGGCGCAUCCAAAAAGGAAAAACGAAAGCCACAAAGUGAGUUGAAAGACGCCAAGGCUACUCUAGACUCUCUGCUUUCGACUGUGCCAACCGAGCCUCAGUUCGUUGUCAAAAGAUGUGAGCGUCACAAACGCGAUUACGUUGUAAUGAUGCCAAGCUACACGGGAACUCCCCUGUAUUACCCCAGUGUAACUGCGAUAACAAGACAGCCUCCAAACUAUAUGGAGGAUAUCAGAAAGAUGACACGCAGACCGCCAGCAAGGAUGCCAAGUAACCCACGACAACGGCCGCGACGUUCGGCUUUGCGAGUCUUAAGAAAUGAAGGCGAUUUGUGGAUCGAACAGGUACCACUUGACCAGGUGCGUUCUACACAGAGAACAAGGGGACGAACUGUACCGCUGGAAAGAGCUCCCGAUCGCGUAUGUACUUGCUCAAGAGAUGAUGAGAGCGAUAUAACGGAUGUACCGUCUCGGGCAGCACGCAAUAUACAAAUAAGAACAUCGCCAAGAUCGUCCCCAUCUCCAACUAGAAUGGUAAUAAAACGGUCUCCAGUGCCCAAAGCGAGAGAGUCAAGCGAAACGGCUAACUUGUCGGACAGCCAGCUUUCCGAAGAGCCUGACGUCCACAUACACAUCUCGAGACCCAAGAGACCUAAGUCGAAAACGAAACCCAAAGAUGAUGAGAAAGACGUCGGUGACUCCCCGCCCAGAAAGACAAAAAAGGGCAAGAAAUCAAAGAGAGGUGACGAAUCAUCUAAGAAAGGAAAAGACGACGAAGUCCAAGCCUACAUGCUGCACACCUAUGAAGGAAGAAAGGGGGGAGUGUCGCAAGUUAGUUCUGUCGGUCCAGGGAAGGCUGUAAGCCUUGACACAGCUAGAAAAUGUGUACAGCUGGAUGAUAAAUGGAUGCAGUCAACUACGGCGUCGCUGGAAAAUAACUUCACGAGAAGCGAGCCUCACAAGCUUGCAGGAGUUAGUGGUUCCUGCCCCCUCCCGACACUCGGUCACACACAACAAGAAGCGGUCGGUAAGACACGCCUUCGAGACAAGCCAUAUGUUUCGUCGACGACUAUAUUUGACCACCAGUCGGCAGAGUCACUUUUGCCAUCCAACAGAGUGCACCAGCUAGGUCGGGUUUUGAAGUACCGCAAGGUUAUAGCGUAUUCAUCACUCGUCUUUGUGGCUCUGUCAAUGAUUAUUGGAAUGACUGCAGUGUUUCUGCCCAGCAACGUCAAGUACCCUUCAUGGAGUAACCCCAGGCUUCGGCCUCUCUACACUCAUUCGGUAAAUGACACUGACAAGGACUCUUCGACGACAACAGACGUCUUAAGUGAAAGUGAUGUCUGUGAUACAGCUUGGUGCAAAAAGGACGGUGCGUAUAUGAAAGAACUAAUUUCGUGGGAUCUAAAUCCGUGCGACGACUUCUACCGCUUCGUGUGUAGUCGCUGGAGAAGCAGUAUUCAGGAAACGGAUAAUGAUGGAACUGUUCAGGGUGACCUAGUACAUUUGCUGGAGAUUAAGGUCAUGCAUUUUUUGCAGCGCUCCGAUAUUCCCGAAGAACUGUCAAUAGCGAAAGCUAUCUUCAAGGAGUGCUUGGACUUCCACAAGAAGGGCAGUGAGGACUGGGGCGAUAUGCUGGAGUUACUGUGGAUGGCAAAACUGGACGGAUUUCCGUUCAGUUCAACGGCGCAAAACAUUUCUGUUUGGAGCGCGGCGGCAAGUAUUUUACGGCUGUCAGGGACAGAAACACUGCUCAGCAUCCGGACAGUUCGAAAUCCACACAACAGAAAUGGAGCCAUAAUCGCGGUCGGAGCCGCGAAGCCCUUGUCCCCAUUCCCUGGCAAUGCGCAGGAAACCACUCGGUUCUACAAUACCGCCGCGUAUACCGCAAUCAUGACGGUGAUGAAGGAAGGGAACGCUUCAGUUUACUCUCUUGACGUUGCAAACUUUGCUGCCAGGUUGGAGUUGCUUUCCUCCAACAGGACACUAUUUCUGGGUCCUAGUCAGAUAGACGCGUUGAGAGCUAGACCGGAGCUGAUGGCGUUCGUCUCCGAGAUAUUCACUACGGGUGGUUCUCCCUUAUACGCGGGGACGUUCACUGACAUCCUGCUCUUGUGUCCCGACUACUUUAACGAAGUUUUAAGUCUCAUGAGCAAGGCGGAGACGCAUACUGUAUUGAAUUAUUUCGGAGUACGGCUUAUGGUAGAAAUGUCAGCUUUCUCACCGAGUUCAGGAAAGCCCUUGGCAGAUGCCCUGGUGCAGCACCUGUACAGCGCCUCAUUACUAGCAUUGCCUCGAUGGAAGUUGUGCGUGCGGGUGACGGAGCGCGCUAUGCCUCUCCUUCUCUUGCGCGUCGUACAGAUCGUGAGUAGGAGCAACAUAUCCGAGCUCCGUGACAUCGUUCUCCACUUGGAAAUAUCGCUGGACAAGCUGGGCAUCUUGGGUGAAGAGUCCAGAAGAGAAGCGUGGAAGCUUCUUAACCAGACCAGGAUUGCCCUUUUCCACCCGUCAUGGCUUACUGACAGGAGAAAGCUCCAGGAAUACGUGAACACGUUUCCGAAAGUGUUUAAAGGAAAAAGUUUACGAUCAUUUUACAAUAUUCGUAGCCACAGCUUAUAUCGUGCUCUGCGCGAAGAUCCCGGCGACCAAUGGCUGGGCUCUGCUUUCGACCUUGACUGCCACACGGACUUGGACACUAUCUACGUUCCUCCGCUGCUGAUCAAUGUAACGCUUCUCAACCUUCAUGGGCGCUUCGAGUUUCCGUACGCAGGAACGCGGAUCUUCCGGUGCCUACUGCGGCUCAUACUCCGCAACGUCCAAUUGAGCCGAGCAGAGAAACGACGCUGGUGGCCGGACCUCGGUCAUUCGUACUUAGGGAGCGCUCUUGUGUGCAUCGAGCGAUACGGAAUCCAGAAAAUGAAUUCUUUGGCCUUUCUUGAGUCAACGGCGGCACUGGAACCUGCCAUGGAACUGUUCCUGCGGGGACGGAAGAGGAGGUUCUCAACGCUGCGAAAGUUGGAUGUGGACCAGCUCUUUUUCGUGUAUUACGCACGUGGGACUUGUCGUGAAGGCAAUGACUCCGCUACCACAGCCCAGCAGGUGAAUGUACCGCUGUGGAACAAUCGCCCCUUUCAGGAAGCGUUCCGGUGCACUGUUGGUACGCGAAUGAACCCUUCCAAAAAGUGUCCCCUCUGGAGAGAUACCCGUUAAGUCAUCGUUAAGUGAUAAUAAAUGUCCUCUUCAACCA